AUGGGAGGUGGAGCUGGUAUAUCGCUUCCUGGGAUGUUCCGUAUUGUAACUGAUAAAACUGUUUUUGCUACUCCAGAGGCUCAGAUGGGUUUCCAUCCUGAUGCAGGGGCUUCUUAUUAUCUUUCUCGUCUUCCUGGUUAUUUAGGUGCUUUAAGGCAAUUGUGGUUUUGUGGGCCAAGAGGGAACGGUGUGUUAGUGUUAGAGGACGGGCACCACAAGAAAUGGGUUCUUCUGGCUCGCUAUAAUUCAGCACGCAUAACAAGCUUUGAAACUUUAAGGUCAAGUUUGGUUGAGGGAAUAAAAGAGGAUAAGAGGAUGGGAUUGAUCAAUCAUUUCAAGGGGCUCACAAUUCCCUUUGGAGUAGGAUAA